AAAAGAAAGGAAAAGAAAAACAAAAAUCAGAAUCCAUUUGUUUUUCUGCUCUCCACUCCCAAUUUCGCCAUCGCCGCUCCUUUCCUGGCCUCUCGGAUCAAAUGAAACCCAUCUCAUCUCUGUCUUCCUUCCUUCGAAUCUCUCUUCAUCUUCUCCACCCAAUUCAAUUUCAGCUCCACACCAUUUCAUUCUUUUUCAAUCCUUAACUACCACCCAACCCAAUCCUUUCUUCUUCUUCACUCCUUCCUCUUUUAGGUUUUAAAAAAAAAAUUGUUUUUUUACUGAUUAAUAUUGGCAAAUCGACCAGCAAAAAUGUUAAACAAAUUCAUGAAACGCGGUCACCGGAAAUCCAAGUCCGAAUCCAACGACAAUGCCGGGUUCGGGCUCGGACCCGGUAACGUCACGGUGAACCACGCUUCCCGGACGACUAUCAAUUCGGCCGUUGCCAAUUCCGAAUCACAUACCGUCACUCAAUCACCGCAGCCCCCUCUUAACCCCGGUGGCGUCAUCGAAAUCCUACCCUUCUUACGAGACGUUUCCGUUUCGGAGCGCCCGGCAUUGUUCCUCCGCAAGCUCAAGGUUUGUUGGGUCCAAUGCGAUUUUUCAGAUACUCUCAAAGGGGUUCGUGAGAAAGAGAUCAAGCGCCAAACCCUUUUGGAGCUGGUCGAUUUUAUCCAAGCGGGUUCGUGUAAAUUGAACGAGACAAUGCAGGAGGAGCUUAUCAGAAUGGUUUCCGUUAAUGUUUUCCGGUGUCUUCCUCCGGCAGCGUACGAGAACACCGGCUCUGAAGCCGCUGGUGACCCCGAAGACGACGAGCCUUAUUUGGAGCCGUCUUGGCCGCAUUUGCAAAUUGUGUACGAGAUUCUAUUGAGGUAUCUUGUUUCUUCCGAGACCGAUACUAAGGUAGCCAAGCGUUACAUUGAUCAUGUCUUUGUGCUGAAAUUGCUUGAAUUGUUCGACUCCGAGGACCCACGUGAGCGAGAGUAUUUGAAAACUAUUCUUCAUCGUAUUUAUGGAAAAUUCAUGGUGCAUCGACCCUUUGUUAGAAAGGCCAUUAAUAAUAUCUUCUAUAGGUUUAUUUUUGAGACUGAAAGGCAUUGUGGUAUUGCCGAGUUGUUGGAGAUUCUUGGGAGUAUUAUUAAUGGGUUUGCGUUGCCCAUGAAAGAGGAGCAUAAGCUGUUCCUUUCAAGAGCGCUUAUACCACUCCAUAAGCCAAAAUGUAUAGCAGUGUAUCACCAGCCAUUGUCUUAUUGCAUCACGCAGUUCGUGGAGAAGGAUUACAAGUUGGCGGAUUUAGUAAUUCGCGGGUUGUUGAAGUAUUGGCCUGUCACAAACUGCCAGAAAGAGGUUCUCUUUCUUGGAGAGCUAGAAGAGGUUUUAGAAGCUACUCAGGCUGCGGAGUUCCAGAGAUGCAUGAUUCCUCUUUUUAGACAGAUAGGGCGCUGUCUUAACAGCCCACAUUUCCAGGUUGCAGAAAGAGCCCUUUACUUUUGGAACAAUGAACACAUAGUAAGCUUGAUUGCACAAAACCGAAAUGUGAUACUUCCGUUGAUUUUCGAAGCAUUGGAGAAAAACAUUCGAGGUCACUGGAACCAGGCUGUAAACGGGCUGACAGGGAAUGUGCAAAGGAUGUUCCGAGAUAUGGAUGCCGAGUUGUUUGAAGAGUGUGAGAGGGAGUACUUGGAGAAGGAAACCAAGGCUAGAGAUUUGGAAGAGCAGCGAAAAUUGACAUGGAAGAGACUGGAAGACGUAGCAGCACAAGCUCAGCGAGAAGAUAUGUGGCACGAAGAGAUUUUUCACCAAAAAAUCUGAAGUUGAAAAUAGCCUCUCUUUUCUUGCCUCCAAAAAGGGUCUAAAUAUUAAUGUUAGCCACGGUAAAAUAUGUCAAAAUACUUUCUUCAGUUAUUUAGUUUAUUAAUUUUAUUUUUAAUAUUUAUCGUUAGUUUCCUUCAUGUUAUACGUUUGUUGUGUAUAGAUAAAGGUCGUCGAUGAAAUGACUAGAGUGUAGUUGGUUAGAAAUGUGGUAACCCAAGUGCUAUUAAUUUCUAACAUUAAAAUGAGCAUUUUGAGGUAUUGAAACAACCAUGGAUGACUUUCAAAAAAAAAAAACAACCAUGGAUGGACUCAACUAUGGUAAUUAUAAAUAAAUAUGAUCGAACGGCGUGGAUGACCUCAUUCUCGUACGAGAUUCAAUGCCAAGAACAAGUCGCUUUCUGUGGAAUACCGUUUGGAUUUUACUAUUCAACAACUUUUUUCGCUCAUUCAGUCGUGAUCCUCUCAAACGAACAUUUUUACUAUUUUGAUACAAAAUAGCUUAGUAGAGCUCUUACAUUUUUAUGGCAAAAUAAUUGUUUUGUAGUAAUGUAUUUUUGGAUACCAUUUUGUAAUUUUUUCUUUAUGGCAAAAUAACGAGUCUUUUGUCAUAGAUCCCAAUGUAUAUUUACCUUCUCCCAUGCCACAUGUGGUAGUUAACAUUGUAAAUGUUUUGUGAACUUACCAUUUUUUUUAAAGAAUGACCAAUUUGAUUAUAAA